AGCAAGGAGGGCAGUGCCCGGCACACAGUCAGUACCCAGGACAAGCUGGCACUGCUCAGGGUGCUUUCGGACUUCAGCCUUUACGUGUAUUUUAUCUUCACGGGGUUCCCUGAGGCAGGUCCCGAUACCCUAUGUUACUGAUGGCUCCAGAGUCCAGCUGCGUGGCGUAUGUCAUAACUUGGCUGUGGGUGUUCUUUUCUAGCCUCCACGAGGGCUCCGAAGGCAGCAGCUCUAGCUCGAGAAUCAAGAGACUCUCAGGCUGGGCCACAGCUGGGGCUGGGGACAGUGAGGCCGGAGGCCACACUGCGGGGGCAGGGUCUGCCUCCAUCUGCCGCGUGGGGACAGCUCUAACCUCCUCCCUUCCCUGCCCUCCCUCUCCCUCGCUGGCCCCUCUGGCGCAGCCGGAGUCCCCGACGGCCUCGGCGGGGGAGGACGUGUAGUCCCUGACCGACUCGCUGGACUCGGACCGCGACAAGCUGUGCAGCAACUCCAACAGCAAGAACGGCAAGGACAAGGAGAAGGAGAAGCAGCACAAGGACAAGGACAAGACCCGCGCGGACUCCGUGGGCAUCCAGCUGAAGAACAUGGGCGGCCUGGUGCACGGCCCGAUGAGCCGCUCCAAGUCAGCCAACGGCAAUCACGGCGACGCGCCCGAGCGCGGCAAGGAGAAGAAGGCCAAGGCGCGCAAGGGCAGCGAGGAGGAGUCGGGAGCCUCGGCCACCACGUCGCCUUCGGAGAACACCACGCCGUCGCCCACGGGCAAGGCAGCAGGCGCGUCGCCAGCCGACAAGGGCGGCAGGCCCCGCGGCGAUGCCUGGAAGUACAGCACGGACGUGAAGCUGAGCCUCCACAUCCUGCGCGCCGCCAUGCAGGGCGAGCGCAAGUUCAUCUGAGCCGGCCAGCUGCUCACCAGCCACCGGCACUAAUUCCAGGAGAAGAUGAUCGGCUACUACCUGACCAGCGCGCAGGAGCGCUUCAGCGCCGAGCAGCGGCGCCGCGACGCCCCCGCCGCCUCCACGGCCAAGGGGCCGCCGCGCAGGCCUGAGGCGAAGGGCGGGCUGAACCCCGAGCGCGCCUUGCCGGGCCCCACGCAGCUGGUGCUCAAGCUCAAGGAGCGCCCGAACCCCGGUCGGCGGAGGGGGCACGGGCGGCGCCGCGCGGCGCGGCCUCCACGGGCCCCGGCGGCGGCGGCGGCGGCGGCGGCGGCGGCGGCGGCUGCACGGCGCGCGGGCGCCAGCGGACCGGUCCCCGGGGGCAGCCCCCUGGCGCCGGGGCGCCAGAGCGUUAUCCACGUGGAGGCGGUGGGCGCGCGGGACAAGGCGUGCUGCGGCCGUGGGCGUGCUGCGGCCGUGGGCGUGCUGCGGCCAUGCGCCUUGUACCCGCGGCAGAGCCGCGAGCUGUCGUCGCUGAGCUACAGCCCGGCGCGCGCCGCCGCCCUGCGCACGGUCAACACGGUCGAGUUGAUGGCGCCCGUCCCAGGGGCCUUGCCCGGCGCGGCGGGGGCGGCGGGCGCUGCCGAGCGCAAGUCGCAGACCUACGCCAACGGCUUCGGCUCGGCGCGCGACGGCCUGGAGUUCGCCGACACGCCGGCCGCGCGCUCGAACGGUGAGGGGCCCGGACGGCCUCGCCAGCUAGAGAAGUGCGCGUUCUACGGGCGCGCCGAGACCGAGCACUACUGCUCGUACUGCUGCCGCGAGGAGCGGCGGCGGCGGCGGCCCUGAGCGCGCGCCGCGGCCCCGCUGGCCGGGCUGUCCUCUCAGUGCUGUAGGUGUCUCCUCCGCUCCCUGGUCCACCGGGAAGCCGGCGAUCCUCAGUACGUGCUGUGUACGUGUUUGGUCAAAUGUUCCUAAUGGUGCCUGAACCUACACUGAUGCCACUCAGGUAGUAGACGGAUAGGAAACAGCCAUGCUGUUGGAAGUGGGUGUGCUAGCUAGCACCUGCCUCGUACCUAUGGAAACUGAAUUGCCAUUGCAAGAGUAUUUUUGUUCCUCAAUAAGAGAAAUAAAGAAAUUUGCACCCCUUUGUUUUUAGAAGGGAGUGGUUUU